AUGCCGUCCUCUAGCAAGGCCAGAAAGGCCAAAAUGGUUAAGAACCAACCCAGCAUCAAAAACUACUUCAAGAGGAAGCAGGAUGAGGUCAAGGCACCAAUUCCAGCUACCUCUCGUCCGAUCAAACGUCGCCGGGCCUGUGGCAUGGAUGAUGGGUCGGAUGGGGAUGGCAGCGGCUGCAAGGACAGUGUCCCUGAAAACAAGCUGCCAUCAAGUGAAGGUGAUCGCAAGCUGGACAGUGUCCAGAAGGCCUCACCUUUGCUCCUGAAGUGCGGGGAAAGUGAGAUGGACUGCGUCCAUCCUGCGACCCUGCCUGAUGACGAUUCUGCCCUCAUCAGUGAUGGGGAACAGGACGUUAUCGACGUCGAAGUCGGUGACAAUGAGUAUAUUGCCUGCCCAGACGACGACGUCGAGGUUAACGAUAAGUUCGAAGUCAUAGUGACUUAUGUUACUCAUCGCCUCACCACACCUGUCAAGACGGACACAAAGUUUCUUAUCCAAAGGCGCUUCCGGGUCAGUGACCCAGAAGACCGGAUAAGAAUGCGGGCUGGCCAAGAGGUCCAGCACGCUGAUAUGUCGCUAGACGGCGAGCUUGAUAUACAGUGUAUGUCAGCUUCAACAGUGCUGCAGGCUGGUCCAAGGUGUCCAGCAGGAUGA